GGUUAGAUGACGGAGCGAUAGACUGGAGGAAAGAGAAUAACGGCAUAAUAAUUUCAGAGUCAUGGCUUUUGCGGUGGAAUAGAGAUCGAGAUCAAGAAGAACGCAUCAUUUGUAUCCUUCUGGAAAUUGGGUACUAACAUAGUCCAGGAUGUGACCCCAUAUGUUUACAGACACAUUAGACAAACAUCAAAAUAAUAAUCAGCACAAACAAACUAUACCACCAUGCAUCCCUCCUCUCGUCCCUCUGUGCCCCCACGUUCCCGCAGGUUUGACAAUAGGCGCUUAGAGGCAAAACCAAGCCAAGGGGCUAAGAGGGAUGACAAAAACAUGAACACAGCAUCUUCAUCCCCUCGGCGUGGCACUCGAGGACCACCUGAGUCUUCCAAGUUAAAAGGCCCUGGUCAAGGUGCACGAGCCCCAGUGGUUCAGUCCAAACUGGUGCGGCCACAGAAAAAUGGUGCUCAUGCAAUUCCAGCCAUCUCAAAACCAAAAAGUGGACACACUGUAUCCAACCUGGCCCCAGCUGUGGAUCCAAACUGCAAUGAGCCCAGCCUACCUUGUCUGUGUUGUGAUGGCCAUUCACCUCAGGAUAGCAACAGCCUUUUCAAUCACAACCAUAACAACAAUAACACUGUAAACAUCAGGCAACAAAUGAAGCUACCGCCGCCACCUCCUCAGAAGGAAUUGGCUGUUUCAAAAGAAGACAUCAAAGAAGACUUGAAGUGUGAUCCAGAAAUAAAGCAACCUCAUGCCAUCCCAGUGAAGGAGAUAGAGAAGGAAAAUGACAAUUUGGAUGAAAAAGAGGCUGGUGACCUUAAAAAUGAUGACUGCAGUGUAAAUGUAAAUGGCAAUAUUGAUGUCAAUGGCAACGGCAAAUAUGAUGGUGAAGAUGAUGAUGAUGACGAAGAAGAAGAUGAAGAUGAGGAUGAUGAUACUCUUGUCCCUUCUUGCUGCAACUGCCCAGAGUCCAUGCUAGACUUCUCCCUCACAUCCUCUACCUCAUCUUCUUCCACAUCCAUUAGCAGCUGCUCAGAUCUGGAGUGUGACUGCCCUGACACAUUUUCAUUGUCAUCACAGGAACAAGAAGCCACUGAAAGCUGUCCAUCUUCUCACUCACUGGUCUCCAAUUGCCCUACCCUUCACUCCAAUGUCUUACCAUUAGAUCCCAACCCUGCAAGAUCGCCUUGCUCUUCUGAUGAAGGCUAUCCCUCAGCCCCGUGCUCUCCUUCCUCUGACUACACAGAGAGCAAGAAAUCAGAAGAAGGAAAAUGUAUCAAAGUGGAUCUCCUCCAUUUUUUAGACUCCAUAGAAGAAUUGGGCAAAAUGGAUCUGUUCUACCGCAUUGUUAGGCUGGCACAUUGGGAACUGGGUGGUGAGCUGAUUGUCAGAGAUAGAUUGGAUCACCAGCAGAAGCUUCAGAGGGUCAACAAAGAGGUUAAGUUGGCAUAUCUUAUGAAACUUCAAGAGGAAGGGUUAGACUUUGACAAUGAGGAUAUCGCUGAAGUUUUGGAUGAAAUGGGCAACAUUGACAUUGCAUGGAAUUUGUAUAAAAGCAACAGAUCAAGUGACUCCCAGGAAUUUUCUGAUGCAGGGGUAGAUCUGACAGCUCCUUCUGACCUUGAUGAAACCCCUGCCUCUGAUUCACCUGCUUCAUCGCCAUUGGAUCCUCCUCCCCGGCCCCCAAAGCCUCCAACAAGGCAUGUGAGUGCUCACUCAGAAACGCACACUUAUGAGAACAUCAUUGGACAUGCCUUCUCAGUCUCAUCCACCAACGACACUACUCCUUUCUCUUCAAGGGUCCCUGUUCCUACCUUGCCUGCACUGUCAUCCUCACCCCCAGCCUUGAAACCUCCCGCCCUUCCUCCUCCUCCUCCAUCACAGCCUGUGUCCUACUUCUCCCUAAAUACACCUACUCUCACCUCCCCCACACCACCCAUUCCUCCUCCAAGAAGACGUCAUAAAGCCCGUCUAGAGGCUCAAAGGCUUGCUCAGCUUGAAAGAGAAAAGACUCCUCUGUCCCUUCCACCACCAACGUCCAGACCUCCUCCAUUGCCACCUCCACCUGCAAUGUCCUCGCCUCCAGCUAUCCCACCUCCACCAUCACUCCUGCCCCCUCCAUCAUUUCAUGCUCUGGAUGUGGAAAUCAGAAAGUUGCUUGCACUUGCAGGCCUCACCCAAGCUGAAUUGCUUAAACUUAGUCCCGAGUUGGGUGUCUGUGUGGAUGUAGUCCCGGAGAAUGAGCAACCGCCAGUGUCUGAUGUCUCUCAGUUUGGAGAAAUCAGUGCAGAUAAGGGGUUGCACUCCAUAUUGAGAGAAGGAACCAGAUUUGGGGAAGACAGAUCUACAGGUGUAAAGGAAUUAGAUACUCUCGGUGAAAAGGACAUUUUUAAAGAUGAACAGAAAGAAACAAUCAGGACAACAUCCUUCACUGAAAUGUCAAGACGACGUAAGAGAAAUGGUGGAAACUGUAAUCAUAGCUGCAGUUGUGGAUCCAAUGUUAGCCUAUCUCCCAACUCAUAUUACAGCACUAAUCUUAGCAAUACAAACAUCCCGAAUGUUAGCUUUGGGAGUUUUGAUUAUACUUCUAUGAUCUCAGACACCCCUCCUCCUCCACCUCCACGACCAUUGCCCCCUUGUCCACCAAUUGUCUCCAAUCCUCCUGAACUUCCCCCACUUAAGCCAUGCACUCUACCUGCCAAUGCAUCUCGCCCGGAUAGAUUUGAUUGGCUGAUAGCCUUCACCCCAGAAACAGAGUCGCCACCUCUUGAGAUGCAAAAAUUGUCCAAUGAUGGCACAUUGCAAAAAGGCUUAACUUCAGGCUUAAAAGUCACAACCUUUAAAGAAUUACGCAACAGAAGCAAACAGAACUCCAAUCCUGCCUCUAUUCAACCAGAACCCGAUCCAACUGUCGUCACCCCAGACCCUGAUUUCCUGUACAACCUCAAAUGGAGAAGAGAGAAAAUUGAUGGGGAUGGCUGGGAAUAUACUUCCCAAGCACAAGCCUCUUUUCUUCAGCCACCACCCACUCCUGCCUCAUUGUCCCUCUUUAGGGAAAUGUGCCGACUGAAUAUACAGGAUGUUUGCCCUGCAAAACCCAAAGUGUCCCAACAAAUUGGCUGUUCAGGAAGCGAAGGCAGCCUUAGGACUAUUUGUGAUGAAAGCGAUAAAGCUGUUCACACCAAAAUGAUGGAAGAUGAGGAUGAAGAGGAAGUUAGGGGAAUGGCAGAUGGAGCUUGGACUUUGGAAUCGAGGACAACAGCGGUCCGCAGCUUCUCAUUUGCUGGCUCUGAGCAGAAGAAAGUGGCCUGGAUGGGAGAUGAUGUGAGAACCUCACUGAGUGCCGAAGGGCUGUCUUCUGCAUGCCUGCAAGAAAAGAAAACUCUUGUCAGUUCAGUCAGUGUGGCAGUGGAGGCCAUUUUGGCUCAAUUCAGUUCAUCCAGGACUGUUGUACAGAAGUUUUACUCAGUAAAUAAGACUCUUUCUGGAGACAGCAGUGUAAAUCCCUCUCUGGGUCGUCUGGUACUGCAGUGCCUUUGUCCAGCCCUGCGCAGCCUUCUCUGUGAUGGACUCAAGCCCCACCAGAGUGACCUCAUUGCAGGCAGAAGGCCAAAUUCACCCUGGGGAUUGGUUCAGGCCUCCACCAAACCAGGCCCAAGCACGCAGGCUUUGCACAACCUCCAGACUAAAGUAGCGGGGCUUCCCCAGCUUAAGCAGAACAGACAUCGGUUCAAUGCCUUCCUGUUUGGCCUUCUCAAUGUCAAGCUUCUGGAUUACUGGCUUUCGCAUCUACUGUCCUGUGGUGAUGUGUUGGAAACAUAUUAUCGCCCCACUUCCUUCAUGCGUCUGUCACUCACUUCUUGCCAGCCUCUUUUUGAGGAGCUUAUCCUCCUACUGCAGCCUCUCUCUCUUCUGACCUUUAACCUCGACCUGCUGUUUCAGCAUCACCACCUUGACCCCUCCUCCCCAACUCUUACCCCAGCCAGUCACACUUCUGACACACAUAGCCCGCCAAAUGAAGACUUCAGCUUCCGCUUGUCACCCAAGAGGAUUUUCCAAGGAAAUGGCCAUAAUCUUGGAAGCACGUUAGAGCAAGACCUUGGCAUUUUGGGUUUAGACACCAACCCUAAUUCAGGUCUCACAAGUCAGGUUCUUGAUGUGUCAGCCUAUCGCAAUCCAAUUUCGCUGUCAUCAAGCAGCACCAAGGAGGAAGCCAAUCCGCCAUUAUCAUGGUUUAACGGGAAUGAGACCUCCGCACCUCUUAAUGUCGGAAGCCUUUCCCAGCAGGCUGGCCAGGCUCUUCAGCAAGGCUGGGGGGCAGUAAUGCGUUUGGGGGAACGUUUAGGGCAGAACUUUGGUUUGGCCACUAACACAGAGGAUGUUAAAGGUCCUAACUCACAAGAUGACUUCAAGACAGACCUCUCCCUGAAUCCAAAAAGUCCAGUUGAAAACAGGCAGCAACCAAGAGAGGAUCUUUCCUUGUGGGAUAGUGGAGCAGCGGUUCCCUGGGGUAUGGGACGGCUCUUUGGAGCUUCUAAGAGCCCCAACAACCCACCAACAAGCAGACGUCCAUCUCAGUGGCUCUCUCCUGGCGUAUCCGUCUUUUCUCGCAUAGUGAAUCUUGGCCAGGUUUCUCCGCCUGAGAAGAAAGAGCUCCAGAGAAACAAAGAUAAGGAAGAAGAUGAAAAUGAAAAGAUAAAUGAAACCAGAGAUCAGCCAAAGCCCCUGAGGGCAGUCAGAACUCUGUGUGACCACACAGGCACUGGAGCCGAGCUGAGCUUCAGGAAGGGGGAGGAGCUUGUUCUGUUGGGAGGUGUGGACCACGACUGGAUUCGAUGUCGUCAAGGUCACAAAGAGGGCCUUGUUCCCAUUGGUUAUGCUUCGCUUAUCAUGUGA